AUGGAACCAGUCGAUUCACCUCACAACCUAGCCUUGGUGGAAUCCUCAUCAUCGAUAGCUGAGAGGGAGGAUCAUAUUGACUCGAAUUCUGUGAGAGCUACACCAACUUCUGUCUUCACAAAUCAGCCUGAAAGAGAAUGGAACUUGGAACUCAUUCCAGAAGGAGAGGAAACAAAAAUGGAAAUCCAAGAGCAUAAUGAGAAAGAAGUAAGGCCAAAGGGAACCAGGAUAAGAAGCAGAAAGGCAAAAUGUGGAAAAGAACAUCAGCCAAGAUCUCGUCCAAUCAGUGAUCUCGGCCGUGGGGCCAGCCAAGGUCGGAGCUCGGAUCUCGCCUGCAAUCGACCAUCUCGAUGCGUGGACUCAAGCAGGAUCGAGGCUCGCGUACCUGCACGUGACUCAAUGAAGGCCGACAGAGCCCGGCCGGAACAGAAGCCCAGACGAAGAGGCCCGUUAAUUGCAGAUCUGGUUGCUUACGGGUGGCUGUUCAUUGCGAAUCCGGAUUUGGUCGAACGGUUGAAGCUGGUUCUCGAAAUAAGAACAAAAAUAAGAGAAUAA